AUGGUGAUAACUUCAGCUGACCCUGCCACUGGCGUGUUUGGUGGUUUAUUCAACAGCAAAGUCGGAGAUGUUGAGAAAUGGUACGUGCUAACUGGACAGCAAGACACAGAUGGAGAUACAGUUGGUUGGACUGUCAACUGGAACAACUCCUACAAUCAUGCACACUCGGUGACAACAUGGCAGCAAUUGAGGGGUAGUGACCCUGUCAUUCUGACAACAUGGCUUCUUACACGUCAGACCAGUCCUGAAAAUGACUGGGAAUCCACACAGAUUGGAUUCGACCAAUUCUUCCCCAAUGACCCUUCUCCUGAGACAAAAGAACAGGCCAAGUUUCACCGCCGAAAUAGCCAUCCAAAGGAUGCAUGA